UAUGAAGAUGUCUUCAUUAGUAGCCUAUGAUGACUCAGACUCAGAGGAUGAUUCAUUCGAUCAAAAGAAGAUGAGUGCAGCAGUUAAUGCCCAAGCUGUAUUUUAUGGACAAAACCAAGAAACAAUAGAAUGUAUUAACACCAAAGUAUUGCCCAGCCCUGCCAGUUUAACCCCUGAUCACGGAUUUUUGGGAUAUCAUGGUGACAUUCCUGAAAGAAGAAGCUCUUCAUGGCAUUUCUCCUCUCAGCCACAGAGUCAUGCAGUCUUGGAGAAAAAUAAACGUAUUUGGGACAAUGCAGCACUUACAAGUUCAUCUGCAACUGAGGGGAAGUUUGCAUCCCUGCAGGCUGCUCCUUGCAUUUCAAAAACCCCCAGUGAUGUUUCAAAGCCAGCAAAAAGACAACCAGCUAUCCAGUCUGUUGUCAGACCAUACAUUCCCAAGAGACAGAGACUCGCCACCUCAGUAGACACAAUGGGAAUGGAGCAGCCAUCAGAGAAAGUCAUAGGGAGUCACGACUUGGAAAGUCAGAUUGUUUUGAAUGUGUCAUCAAGAGUGAAGCCAUAUCUUUCUGAAAAGCCGAGAGCAGCAGGGAUACCCAGGAAGCUCCUAAUGAGUCUCGGCGGGCACCAGGGCCCAGUCAACACCGUGCAGUGGUGUCCUGCGCCUCAUCUCAGUCACCUGCUGCUGUCUGCCUCCAUGGACAAGACUUUCAAGGUGUGGGAUGGAGCAGAGAGCGGUCGCUGCCUCAGGGUGUACACCUGCCACUCGGGAGCUAUUCGCGAUGCCUGCUGGACCCCCUGCGGUCGACAACUCCUCACCGGCUCAUUUGACAAUACAGCUGUGAUCACUAACGUGGAGACGGGACAGCAGGCAGUCAAAGUGGACAACCAGUUCAGGGUGAUGUGCGUGGCCCUGCUCCCUGGCAGCCCUGAGGUUUUCCUGUGUGGAGGUUACAGUUCAGUGGUCAAAGCCUGGGACUCUCGGAGCAGCAAGGUGGUGAAAGUGUACAAAGCGGGAAUCCAGCAGACCUUGGACAUUCUGUUUCUUAAAGGAGGGGAGGAAUUCAUCACAAGCUCCGACUCCGUGAGCAGAGACUCUGCAGACCGCACUCUCAUUGCCUGGGACUUCCAGACGACAGCCAAGGUCUCCAACCAGAUCUACCAUGAGCGUUACACGUGCCCCAGCCUGGCUCUGCACCCGCUGGAGGAGUCCUUUGUUGUCCAGAGCAAUGGAAACUAUCUGGCACUGUUUUCCUCCCAAAGGCCCUACAGAAUGAACAAGAGGCGGCGAUUCGAAGGGCAUAAGGUGGAGGGAUAUGCUGUUCAGUGUGACUUUUCAGUGGAUGGAUCUAUCUUGGCCUCGGGGAGCUCCACCGGCCACGCUCACUUCUACGACUACCACAACGCUCGUACACUGCACACUCUGCAAGCCCACAGCCAGCCCUGCGUGUCUGUUGCUCAGCAUCCCGUCCUGCCUGCCACUGCAGCCACCUGCGACUGGGCUGGGGAGAUCAAGAUAUGGCACUGACAUCCCAGUAAGGAGAACUGGAUACGCAAUCCCCUCUAAAGAUAUGACAUUG